AUGGCCAAGGCGACGUCCGGCGCCGCGGAGCUGAGACUGCGACUGUGGUUGCUGCUGCUGCCGCUGCUCGGCGAAGCCCCCUUAGGCCUCUACUUCUCAAGGGAUUCCUACUGGGAGAAGCUGUACGUGGACCAGCCAGCCGGCACACCCCUGCUCUACGUGCAUGCCUUACGGGACAUGCCCGGGGAGGUGGCCAGCUUCCGCCUGGGCCAGUAUCUGUAUGGAGUCCAUCGCACCCGGCUGCACAGGAACGACUGGAUCCGCAUCCAGGAGGACACUGGUCUCCUCUACCUCAACCGGAGCCUGGACUACAGCUCCUGGGAGAAGCUGAGCAGGCGCAAUGGCGGCUUCCCCCUGCUCACCAUCUUCCUCCGGGUCUUCCUGUCGCCCGUGUCUGUGCGUGAGGCCGAGUGCCAGUGGCCCAGCUGUGCCCACGUCUACUUCUCCUGCAUCAACUCCUCCUUCCCGGCCUGUGGCUCGUUCACGGCCCGCCAGCUGUGCUUCCCGGACACCGACCUGGCCUUCCGCAUCCGGGAGAACAGGCCAUCCGGCACCUUCCACCAGUUCCGCCUGCUGCCCAUGCAGUUCCUGUGCCCUGACAUCAGCGUGGUCUAUAGCCUCCUGCAAGGUGAGAGCGGACCCUUCCGCUGCGCCCCGGACAGUCUGGAGGUGAGCACGCUGUGGGCCCUGGACCGGGAACAGCGGGAGAAGUACGACCUGGUGGCCAAGUGCACCAUACGUACCACGGAGCGUGAGCAGGAGGUGCUGGUGCCCUUCUCGGUGAGCAUCUACGAUGAGGACGACUCUGCUCCCACCGCCCCCGGAGGCCUGGACACCGCUGAUGCCAUCGUGGAGUUCAAGCGCAAGGAGGGCACCGUGGUAGCCUUGCUGCGGGUCUUUGACGCCGAUGUGGUGCCGGCAUCCAGGGAGCUGGUGAGACGGUACACCAGCACACUGCUGCCCGGGGACCCCUGGGCCCAGCAGACAUUCCGUGUGGAGCAUUCGCCCAACGAGACCCUGGUUCCAGUCAACGAUACCUUCGUGCGAGCCACCAUGCACGACUAUAGACUGGUUCUCAACCGCAGUAUCUCCAUCUCCGAGAGCCGCACCCUGCAGCUGGCCGUGCUGGUCAACGAUUCGGACUUCCAGGGCCCGGGGGCCGGUGUCCUCCUUCUGCAUUUCAACGUGUCUGUACUGCCUGUCAGCCUGCACCUGCCCAAGGCUUACUCCUUCUCUGUGAGCAGAAGGGCCCGCCGUUACGCCCAGAUUGGCAAGCUGUGUGUGGAGCACUGCCGAGAGCUGAGUGGCGUCCAAGUCGAAUACAAGCUGCAGCCCGCCAGCGCCAACUGCAGCGCCCUGGGAGUGGUCUCCUCGACGGAGGACACCUCGGGGACCGUGUUUGUUCACGACGCGGAACUCCUGCAACAGCCCGAGUGUGCUGAGCUCCAGUACCUCGUGCUGGCCACCGACCAACAGACCGGCCAGCAGACGCAGGCCCCGCUGCUCGUCACCGUGGAGGGGACAUAUGUGGCCGAGGAGGUAGGCUGCCCCUUGUCCUGUGCAGUCAGCAAGAGGCGGCCCGAGUGUGAGGAGUGCGGUGGCCUGGGCUCCCUGACGGGCAGAUGUGAGUGGCGACAGGGAGAUGGGAAAGGAAUCAGCAGGAACUUCUCCACCUGCUCCCCCAGCAUCAAGACCUGCCCCGAUGGCCACUGUGACACGGUGGAGAGCAAGGACCCUCACAUCUGCCCCCAGGAUUGCCUGCGGGGCAGCAUCGUCGGGGGUCAUGAGCCCGGGCAGCCCUGGGGCAUCCGAGCCGGCUAUGGCAUCUGCAACUGUUUUCCCAAGGAGAAGAAGUGCUUUUGCGAGCCCGAGGACAGCCAGGACCCACUGUGUGAGGAGCUGUGCCGCACCGUGAUCGCCGCCGCUGUCCUCUUCUCCUUCCUCGUCUCCGUCCUGCUCUCCACCUUCUGCAUCCACCGCUACCACAAGCACGCGCACAAGCCGCCCAUCGCCUCGGCGGAGAUGACCUUCUGUAGGCCCGCCCAGGCCUUCCCUGUCAGUUACUCCUCGUCCGGGGCCCGCCGGCCCUCGCUCGACUCCGUGGAGAACCAAGUGUCCGUGAACACCUUCAAGAUGCCGGUGGAUCCCAAGUGGGAAUUCCCACGGAAGAACCUGGUUCUUGGGAAGACACUGGGAGAAGGCGAGUUUGGGAAGGUGGUCAAGGCGACAGCUUUCCGGCUGAAGGGCAGAGCUGGCUACACCACGGUGGCUGUGAAGAUGCUAAAAGAGAAUGCCUCCAACAGUGAGCUGCGGGACCUCCAGUCAGAGUUCAACCUCCUGAAGCAAGUCAACCACCCCCACGUCAUCAAGCUGCAUGGUGCCUGCAGCCAGGAUGGGCCAUUACUGCUCAUCGUGGAGUACGCCAAAUACGGCUCCCUGCGCGGCUUCCUCCGGGACAGCCGCAAGGUGGGGCCCGGCUACGUGGGUGGCGGAGGCAGCCGCAACUCGGGCUCCCUGGACCACCCGGACGAGCGGGCCCUGACCAUGGGCGACCUGAUCUCCUUCGCCUGGCAGAUCUCACGGGGCAUGCAAUACCUGGCCGAGAUGAAGCUGGUGCAUCGGGACCUGGCCGCCAGAAACAUCCUGGUGGCUGAGGGGCGGAAGAUGAAGAUCUCGGACUUCGGGCUGUCCCGGGAUGUCUAUGAGGAAGAUUCCUACGUGAAGAGGAGCAAGGGCCGGAUUCCAGUCAAAUGGAUGGCGAUCGAGUCUCUUUUUGACCAUAUCUACACCACGCAAAGUGAUGUAUGGUCCUUCGGUGUCCUGCUGUGGGAAAUCGUGACCCUCGGGGGCAACCCCUACCCUGGGAUUCCACCUGAGCGACUCUUCAACCUCCUGAGGACUGGCCACCGCAUGGAGAGGCCAGACAACUGCAGCGAAGAGAUGUACCGCCUGAUGCUGCAGUGCUGGAAGCAGGAACCCGACAAGAGGCCGGUGUUUGGCGACAUCAGCAAAGACCUGGAGAAGAUGAUGGUCAAGAGCAGAGACUACCUGGACCUGGCCGCGUCCACGCCAUCCGACUCGCUGCUCUAUGACGACGGCCUGUCGGAAGAGGAGACGCCCCUGGUGGACUGUAACAAUGCUCCCCUCCCUCGCGCCCUCCCCUCCACAUGGAUUGAAAACAAACUCUAUGGCAUGUCAGACCCGAACUGGCCCGGAGAGAGUCCUGUACCACUCACGAGAACCGCUGGCACUAACCCUGGGUUCCCAAGAUAUGCAAAUGAUAGUGUAUAUGCUAAUUGGAUGGUUUCACCCGCAGCAGCCAAACUAACGGACGCCUUUGAUAGUUAA